GACAUUAAAUGCGGAAGUUACUCUGAAGUUCGUUUCGCAGCAGAAACAAAAAGCCAGACGUUGUCAAAGAAACUUUUUAAUUUUCCUGCCAAGUGGAAGAGAAACACUGAACGCUUCAUCAUGACUGAAGUUUACUCCCCAACGACGGUUUCGAACCCCAAAUCUUCCAUCUUCCUGGUUCCAACGGACCAUCUGGAUAUGAUCCGCUUCAUCAUCAAAGUGCUGGAAGUGGUCCUCUCCCUCGUGGCUUUCAUCCAGGAGGAAGUGGUCCCAACCUGCACCAGCUGCUCCGCUCUCUACUUCUUCGAGUUCGUCAGCUGCACGGCCUUCCUCUUCACCCUGCUGCUCCUCGUCCUCCUCUCAACGCCGCUGCACAAGAGGGUCGGCAUCGACUGCUGGCCCAAACUGGACUGUCUGUACACUGGGAUCAUCGCUGUGUUCUUCCUCAUCUCCUCCAUCGUCUUCGCCUCAGACAACAGCGGAACGUCUCUGGAGAAAAGUGCAGUGGCGUUCGGCUUCAUGGCGACGGUUGCGUUCUUCGUGGACUUCGGCUUAAUGGUGAAGAAGAACGGCCUUCCCUUCAAGAGAGGCGGGAAGUCGGAGCCCAGUAACGGCGCUCCGCCGACGGCGGCUCCAGAGACGGAGAAACUCAACACGCCAAACGGAGCCGAGUCCGUUUAAAUGAGCAGAGGUCAGAGGUCACGUUAUUUUAGGCACUAUUACGACCCGACGCCUCGUCUCAUCACGAUCCUGUUUUUUUUGUACUCGUAGUUUCCCGCCGCUGACGACGCUCUGCGCCGCGAUAUUCAAUCAGCCAAUCGCAGCGCAGAGCGUCCGUCAGCAGAAACCAGCAGGUGUGUCCAGAUGUUUCUCCAGAUGUAGAUCAGAGACACUAAAAAACAAAACAAACCAUCCAACCACUAAAUGUUCUGCUUUAAAGUUUAUUUUUAACAGCGAAUCAGAGACGGACAGUUUAGCUUUUAGACUUUUUUUUCAUUUUUUUAAUAUCAUGAAAUUAAUUAAAACCUUUUAUUGUCUGAUCCAGUUUUAACCUCCUGAGACCCGAGCUUUGCUUUGUUUGGGAUGCAUUUUUAAUUGCUUCUAGAUAUUUGGGUUUAGUCGGACCUGAUAAGUACAAAAAGUGUAUAAAACGGUUUCUUUCCUUACAUUUCCACUUUCCCUUUGCACAACGAUAACAACGUCCUGAUGAUAAUCAAGCUACAAAUGUUUUUAAACAUAAAUAAACAAGUUUCAACAAUAACAUUAGAAGGUUUUGUAGCUGCUCCACUUUUGUCUGUGGAUCAGCUGUUGAUUGACUCCAAGAAGCUGCAAUCUGAUUUUUAUGCUGUAAUGUGCUUUUAUUACCACUAGGUGGCACAAAAUAUUGUGUACGAACGAGGACAACAGGUCAAAGUUCAGUAGAAUGACGUACAAGGUCCAACAAAGCCAAAAUGUAAUGUUCCCGUAUGAGGACGCAGGAGGUUAAUGAAGUUAGACGAAAAAAUUAAUGAACUAAUUUUGUCUUAAAAUCAAAUACAGUCAUAAAAAAACGAUCCAGUCGUAAUGAAUCACGACUUAUUCACGCUGCAGGUUAAAAUCCAACUAAUGAAACAUCUAGAUUAAGUAAAUCCUGAUGACCCGUUUGUAUUUUGACAUUUCUUUUUAUUACAUUGAUUCUUUUUACAUUAAAUUUAUGGAUUGAAGGAUUUUUAUUGUCAAUGAAUUAUUGUACUCAGUUCCCGCUGUCUGUAUUAAAAACACAUCUUUAUAAAUAUGUCAAAAGAUAAAGAACAUCUAUAAUAAAAUAAAAACAGAACAGAGCUGAUAGUAAUGAACAUUUACGCUCCGAUUCAAAACCAGCAGAUUUUUUUAAGGUUUUGCAAAGACGAAGAAACUCAACAAAGAAAAUGACUUUAAUUUGAUUUAUGAAGUUUUGAACCCACUACUCAUUUCCUCUAGGUGGACUUUUCCUAAUGUGACCCUGAAUAUACAAAAAUGGAGAUAAAACGCAUCAUUUUUUAAACUUUUGUGCAGCUGAUUCACAUUUUCAUGUCUUAAAAUGUCCAAAUUUGACUUGUUUUUAAUAUAAAAUUCAAAAAUCAGCAUUCAAACAUGUUGCUGUAUUCUUUAUAUUCUAUAAAAUGUUCUCCUGGAGCAUAAAAUAAUGAUUUUAAAUGUCUCUUUUCCACAUAAAUAAAUAGAAUACACUCUUCAUUAAUGACUGAUGGGGAAUUUAUGAACGUGAGUCAGUAUAUGAACAGUAUGUAAAGGGUUAAAAGUCAUUUUAAAUACAUAAACUCUUCAUACUGAGCACCAAACAGCUGCAACAGGUCAUAUCUGAGCAGAUGUGAUGAUGAUGAGGAAGAGUUUGUUGAUGAGGAAGGUUAAAAUAAUCAGUUUUUAUUUCAGGUUAUUGAUCGCUGCCCCUCUUUAACAAACGGUGUAAUGAUGUAAAGUGACCAGCAGGUGGAGCUGUUGACUCAUCAUCUGCUUCUGUUCAACUCAACUUCAUAUAUUUCUCUUAUAUUUAGUUUUAAAAGCAGUUUGAUUGAUUAAAGAACAUAAAGAAUUAGAUUAAAAUCUCUUCAUGUGUGAAUCAGAUUAAUGAGUUUUCUUUGUUGAGUCUCUGCUGCCCAAACUUUCUCAUGAUCCUCGUCACCAUGACGACGUGUCCGACCUGAACUCCAAAAAUAUUUCAUUAUAUUUCUCAAUCUUCUCUCUGAGCCCUUAAAUAAUAAUCUGAAGAGAGAGACGCGCCUGUUUCAUUCGUAUAUUUACGCUGAAAUCUGUAUUUUUUUAUAUUGUUUUAUAUUCUGAAACUUUUGUGAUUUUGUUGAAAAUGAAGAGAAAGAUUUUUUUGUUUUGUGGGUUUUUUUGUUUUGUCUUCGCACCAAACUUCACUUUCUUUGAUUCUAACUCUCGUUUUAAUCACUUUGUUGUAAUGAUGUGUGUUUGGACCAAUAAUGAAUUAUCUCUGAAUCACAUUUAAAUGAUUUUAAUGAGGAAAACAGCUUUGACUCGUCAGUCUAAUCAGGUUUUCUGUGGUUUUUGGAUGUUUUUUGAUAUCAUUCUACAUUUUAUUUUGUGUCAAAUUAAAGAUUUCAUGAUCGAGUUUUUUCACGGUUUCAUUAACAGGUGAAAUAUUACUUUAAUAAUUGAGAUGUAGAGACAAAAAAAAUUAAUUUUAAAAAGUCCCGUCAGCUUCAACACAAAAUAAAACAUUUUAAUAAAACUUUUUAUGCCCAGAAAACGUUGAAAAAGUUAAAAACAAACAUAACUACAACUACGAGUUUAAUCGUUCCAAAUAUUUAAAGUAUUGUUUUAUUCUCUACAUUCCCUCCCUCAGUGGUCGCAUAUUUCUAUAUUAAAAUUUUUUAGCUGCAAAAACAAUUAAAUCAAAAAUAAACUAAAAGCAAAAGUCAAGUAAAAAUCAUGAAAUGUAAAAUAUAAAAUAUAAAUGUAAGUUUAUGAUGUGUUUUUUUUUGGCAGUGAAGGACUUCUAUACCUUUAUCUCUGAGGGUUGUUAUGAUUUAAAAAAAAUUAAAUUUAAAAAAAAAAGAAGACGAACGAGGUUUUUAAUUAAUUUUCUUUUCGUGUCUGCUGCUGUUCGGGAAGUACGGAAGAUUUAAAACGCCUGAAUUAAAACAAAGAAAUAAGAUGUAAAAGUCAGUUUAAAGGACAUUUACUGAUAUUUGUUUUUUUAUCUUUAAUAACUGAAUUAUUAUUACAAUUGUAUCAUGACUUGUUGUCACAUUAAAAUCAAUAACACAACAUUAGGAAUUGUAUUGGGAAAACUAUUAAUUCAGUUACUCAAGAAUAAAAAAAACUUUCCUUUUAUAAAAAUGUGUUAAAUUAAUAGUCAUGUGUUUUAAUUUAGGUGUUCAUUUAAAUCUUCCAUAUGAAGUUUCGUGCAUUUACAUUUUACAUUUAUAACAGUGACUUUUUGACAAUCAUACAAUAACAUUUUUUAGUAAUCAAUCGCUGAACACACUGGAGAACUAUAAGUGCAGAUCUUUUUAAAAAAAAUAAGAAAUAUUUUCUUAUAUGAAUUAUGACAAUCCAGAAGUUUUUAUAUGAUUAACUUGUUCAGGACCAACACUCGGUUAUUUCUGAGUAAUGUUUUUGUAAAAUAUAUAUUCUUCUUCUUCUUCUUCUGUGUUUGUUAAAUGUAAUAAGUUUCCAUCCAUAUUUGACAAUACUGUAUGCAGAUACAUAAAAAAUCUCACUUUGCCUUUAAUGAGUGUUUCAGUUUCAUAUCUAUGAUCAUUUUAUUAUUCUGCCAUGUAAUAAAAAGAUUUCCAAGAAA